AUGAGUGUGUCGAGUCUUGCACACCCAACAUUUCAUACAAUGGUGGAUGACAGCAUGGAGAUAGCUUCCGAGCAUGGGCACAAUACAGCCGAGGAAGACAUCGAUAUCGAUAUCGAUCUCACUACUGGCAAUGUUGACGAAGAUGAUAUUCUAGAUGAUAUCGAUGCAGAUGCAGACUUCGAUACCAAUAUUACCGAUGUACCCGCACAUGUCGAGACAGACGAUCUGAUGGUCGACGAUGACGGUGAUGAUGCAUCAUACCAUAUGGAGGAUGCAGACUUACUGGAGGAGGAAGCCGAUGAUCACGUCAUGGAACAAGAACCUGCUAUUUUGUCGUUUGGAACCGAUGAACCUUCCGACACUUCUUUUACUGAGCUACACGCCACAGAGUCAAAUUUCGUUGGUACUGGCAUUUCCGAUCAAUUUUGGGACGAGCCCCAAAAUCUACAAGAGCCAAAUGAAGUUAUAAAUGCGCAAGACAUAGAAGUAAAUAUACAUGGCUCAGAAACCGUAGUCGACAAUAGCGCCGAUAGUACAAAAAAAUCCGAUUCCAAGGACUCCAUGGAGUUUGCACCUAUUAUAUUUCCUCAUCCGCCCACUGAUGAAGACCCACAAUCCAAUAGCCCACCAAGCCCCAACUACGAUGGCUCUACUCAAGAAGAGCUUGAAAACAAUGUUAAUGAGGCAACAAAUUCCAUCGAGGUACUUGAUUCAAAUAUAUAUGCGGAGGAUGGGGAACAACUUGGCUUGAGCACUGCAUCUGCUGAAAGUGACCCAAUCGAUCUCCAUUCACGUACCGAAGGACAAGUACAAGAGCAAAAACAAGAGCAAAAACAAGAACAAGAGCAAGAACAAGAGCAAGAACAAGAGCAAGAAGAAGAGCAUCCAGAUCUGAACACAGUCUCUGCGGAAAGUGGCUUGAUCGACCUAAAUAAUGCUACACUCGAGUCUACGAAAGAUUCGGAGCAUCAAUAUCAUGCUCGUGGAAUAGUAGUCAAAUACAACAACCGAAGUUAUCCAUUGAUUAGGAAAUCUUCCACAGAUCAUCCUAACGAUUUCUUCUUCGAAGAUUCCUCUGUAGUUGAGAAAACGUUAAAUGAGUUUUGCUCCGAGAUACGUAAAGUCCUCGCAGAGGAGAACUUGCCCCAAGAUGACAAGAUUAGCCUGGUUAUCGAGGAGCUUCAGUUAGUGAUUGAAGAGACGCAACUCACAAGCUACCCUUCCGAUUUGAGCUUAGCCCAAAUCAUUCGCCUAUAUGAACAACUAGUCAACAAUGACGGCACUGGAGAAAUCCCCCCUUUGAAUCUGAGACUUGUUAUUCAGCCUACUGGUCCUGAUAGAUUUCUAGCGCUCUCAAAAGGGGCCGCUGAGGGCAAGGGACUACUCGAAUAUGUGACUUGGGACGCCGAAAGCGAAGAUGAUCCGACCGAGUUCGGAGAUCAGACGGAACAUUAUGACAGCGAAUCUUCCCCCGACGAGUACAACACCGAGCUCGAGGAUGGAGACAAGUCUAUCAAAACCAUUGAUACGCAUGUCGAGAACUACGACCCUGGUUUCAAUCAUGACCAACCAAAUCAAAACGUGAAUUCUACCAUUUCAGCCAGUGCUGAAAUUCCUCAAGUGGAGCAGGAGGAUAAGCAAGAAGCGAUUGGAAAUCAAGAGUUAGUAUCUACAACGGAUCGCAAAUCACUCGAAACUUCGGAACAAACCAACAACGAGACUGAAGAAGAAGGGGACUUUAUCGAUUACGAAGAUGAAGAGGACGCCGAGAAGCCCUCGGGCGAUGGAGCUCUGAAGUCCGAAUUGCCUGAGGCCAAUGAAAGUAGGCUACAAAAUGGUAGAUACACCGAUUUUAACUUGCUAUGCCUUUUUCCUGAUACCUGUUUUUGUUUCACUUGUAAUGACCUUGAUCUAACUGAACGUCAAUCGGUAGAAAAAGAGUAUCCUCGAAAGCUAGUCUCUAACAAAAAAGAGAAUGGAUCUGAUGAAUUAGACGACCAACUUGGCGACGAAACGACCCAUACUGAUGAAGCUGCACAACCCAAGGAAAUAUUUGACGACGUAGAAAGCGACAUUGACUACGAAGAAGAGAACGCCGAUAAUAAGUUCAACGGCGAGGAAGAAGAUGGAGCAGUACCAAAUGAAAAUGCAGAAGAUGAGAUCGACUUGAACGCCACCAAUGACGAGGAUCGUGAGUAUGCCUCGUACGAAGAUAAUAACGAAAACGAACAACACGAAAGUGACAAAGGCUUUGAGUUAGCAGAUAAUAGACCAGAAGUACCUUGCGAUGUUAAUGAAAUUGAGCAAAAUGGAGACAGCGAAGGUUUUGAUCUUGCGGAUCAUACUCUGGAAACAAAUAACGUGGAAAUUAGUUAUGACGACGAUCUUGGAGAUGGACAGCAGCAGAAUUUUGAGGGAGACGAGUUUGAUUUAGGUGUUGGCGACGAAGAAACCGAGUUCCUCCAAAACUACCAAUUAGACGAUGACGACACUUUCAAUGAUAACGAACUCCUGAAUAUGUCUGUGGGCGAAGUUAUCUCCAAUACCAAUGCUACCUUCGAUGACACAGCAGCCGAGACAGACAGUGCUACGUUGAGCAACGCUUCGAUCGCCGAACCCCAGACAACGAAGCUUAACCUCGACAAUGGACAAGAUCAAGAAGACGAGAUCGAUUACGAUGAAGAUGAAAACGAAAACGAAGAGAAUCCCCCAUCUCUAGUAGUUGCUCCUCAACCUCCAACCCCAAAGUUAAAUGAUUCACCCAUUUCAACCUCAGGAAAGAGACCCAGAGCUGAUGCAGACUUCGAAGAUGGCGAUGAAUCGAACACCAAUGAGGCUAAGCGAAUUCGCUCAUGA